AUGUGGAGUGAACAAAUCGUGCUGUACUUAGCCAAGACUGAAGAUGGGUACAAGGUAGAAGAAGAAGGACCAAUUUAUCAGCCUCCACAAACAGAAAUUGAGGCUCCUUUGCCAAACCCACAGUUCGAAGUAGAGCCGAUCUCUAUUGACCCUGAAAUGAAAGAGGAUAAACCAUUUCCAAGCGCCAGGAUCCCUACGUCUUCUGCAUGAUUUAACCCAUGGGAAAUCCAUCAGAUUGAAAAAGAGUCAGUGCCUGAGUUUUUUUCAGGGAAAUAUCCGAGCAAAACUCCUGUUACCUAUAUGCAUUUUAGAAAUUAUAGUUAUUUAUAGUAAAUAAUAGAUUUUUAUAUAUAAAAUUAGGAAUUUAAUAUAAAAAAAUAUAUAUAAUCCGCGCUUAUAGAGAAAAUCCGAAACAAUAUUUGACGGCUACCACAUGUAGGAGGACGCUGGUUGGGGACGCUUGUGCAAUAGUCAGACUUCAUGCUUUCCUUGAAAAAUGGGGACUUAUUAACUUUGAGGUAGACCCUAGCACGAGGCCUCAGCCUUUGUAUCAAGCUGUAAUACAGUCUAAAAAGCAAGAUAUUAUAGAAAAUCCUGACGCUAAAUGGUGCGGGUACUGCGGAGAACCAUGUGAAGAAGUCUGGUAUAGCCACGAUAUGCUGAAUCUAUGUGCAAAAUGCUUUGGAGAAGGAAACAUACCGAUGAUUCUAUCUCCUGAUGAUUUUGUAAGACAGACAAGUGACCCUGUGAAGCUUCAAGCUGAAACAAGUAUUUCUUUGCCAUUAUUGCAAGCUGUUUAUACACAUAAAGAUAACUGGGAAAAAAUAUCCUUAUUUUCAUUAUAUUUUUUAUGAUUUUUCUAUCUAAAUUCUAUUAUUUAGAAAAAAUAAAGCAGAAUUUUCUACAUUUUAUAUAUAUCCUCAGUAUAUCUGAAGAGCUCCAAAAGCCAGCUUCCCAAUGCUUGUGGGAGUUUUUACAGCUGCCAAUUAAUGAAAUAGGAGAUUUAAAGCUGGGAACAAAAUCAAACGAAAUUCCUUCAGGAUUUGGAGACAUCAGGUAUCCGAUUUUAAGUCAAAUUUAUGAUGCUAUGAAAGAUAAGGAAUUUGGGGAGAACGAAAUCCCACCAAGCCCUGUACCUCAGCUUAAUGAAAUUAAAGAAAAAAUUCAAAAAUAUAGGGAAUUGAUAGAAAAUGUCAGUGAAACCAGAGGAUAUUUAGCACAGCAAGACUAUUUGAUACAGAAAACCAAAGCAGAAUAUUUACUUUCGAGGAUUCAUAUGGCUAGAAAUAGUAAGCUAAGCCAAACAAAUAAAAUAUUUGUGUUGAAAGCGCCUAAAUACGCAAAUAUUUCAUAA